AUGGCUCUAAUAGUUACCGUGAGCACUUUGAUAGUGGUAUUUCUUUGUGAAACCAUAUGUUACCUAAACUUGAGAUUGCUAUUCACUAUAUUCUAUCUAAAGAAAAUCGCGUUCAAGCCGGAUUUAACAUUGGUUUAUCUUAUUCUGGCUGGCGAUGCUGGUUAUAGUUUUUGUGUUGGCCUGCUCAAAAUCUAUACAUUAGCCAUCACGUUCUCCAAGGCACUUAUCGUAAAAAAUUUGAUACUUUUCCUUUUAAUUGCUUCCAUCCUAUUUGGAGUAAUCCGCACCACCCUGAUAUUCUCCAUAGCGUUGUUUCGAUUUAUCGCUAUAUACUUCCAAAUUUCAUAUCACAACAAUAGCCAUAAAACUCUACUCUGUGCAAUUUCCGUCAAUCUGUGUCUAUUAAUAUUUUUCGAUCAAUAUAUGAUGUUUGGAUAUUGCAAUAAUGUCAUUGAUGUUCCGUUAGUGUGUGAUAAUUCUAAAUGUGCAUAUAAUCAGUGUUAUUUCGAUUUUUGGAUGUUUCGAGAAAAGCUGGUUUAUAUUUGUAUUUCAAUGUUAUCAGCAGUUCUUGCCAUUCGACUUUUCGUCUGGAAGUUCUGCACCAAAAAUAGAACUGAUCACAUGUUUUCUAAGGCCACACAAAUUGCUCUUCUAGACUCUGCUGUCGUAAUAUUCUCCAACAUUCUACCUGUAUUCGUGUCGUCUCAAUUAUCCAACAUCGACUUUUUAAUCACUUCCUCCAUGACCACUGUGUGCAGGAAUUUGGGACUUCUGAUAAGUACUGUGUUAAUUUAUAGAAUAUUCAUGAGAGAUAAGAAGUUAGUGUCUGUUCUGAUGGUAACUCCUUCAGCUAGGCCGACUUCAAUUAUUCCUUCGAUAUAUGGUGUUGAAUAA